GAGCCGGCAGAUUUAUAGAAGACUACAAAGAAGUCUUAGACAGAUAUGAAAAAGAAAUCUAUCUAAUAUACAUAAAUAAUGUAAUGAAAGAAAAGAAAAUAAACAGGCCUGACGGAGCAUGUACAAUAGUAAGGCCUACUGCAUUUGGCUCUGGCCAAGAUAUAUAUGCACCAUUACUGAAUAGACAAUUACCACAAGAAAUAUUCGAAAUGAUAAUAAAACACCCAAACACUAAAGCAACUAUAUUAGAAACACCUGGAAAAUGA